CAAAUUUCUGGGGGAGAAAGAGAUAGACCAAGUACACAAGAAUGCUCCUCUCUCCAUCUUCGGUACCGGUGCAUAUUUUGGCCUCCGCUCUCCAUGUCGCCCCAGCGUCUGAUCCUCCAUAUAAACUCCUCGAAAGCCACCCAUCUGUUCUCCUCCUCUCCAAAUGCAAAAGCAUCCACGGCCUCAAACAAAUCCACUCUCACAUCGUAAAGACCGGCCUCCACAACACCCUCUUCGCACUAAGCAAGCUCAUCGAGUUUUGCGCCACAUCGCCCUUUGGCGAUCUCCCUUACGCGCUCUUACUCUUUGAAUCCAUCCCAGAGCCCAACGUGUUCAUUUGGAACACAAUCAUACGAGGGCACUCGUUGAGCUCCGACCCAAUACUGGCUGUGGAUUUCUAUGUCCGUAUGCUUCUGUGUGGGACACAGCCGAAUUCUUAUACUUUUCCUUUUGUUUUGAAGUCUUGUGCGAAAGCUGGGGCCACCCAUGAAGGGAAACAGAUCCAUGCACACGUUUUGAAGCUUGGGCUUGAGUGCGAUGCCUUUGUGCAUACCUCGCUUAUUAAUAUGUAUGCUCAAAAUGGUGAAUUGGACGAUGCGCGUUUGGUGUUUGAUAAAAGCGCUUUUCGAGAUGCGGUGUCGUUUACGGCCCUGAUUACUGGUUACGCUUCAAGGGGCUAUAUGGAUGCUGCUCGUCUGCUUUUUGACGAAAUUCCUGUGAGAGAUGUGGUAUCUUGGAAUGCUAUGAUUGCGGGCUAUGCUCAGUGUUUUCGGUUUAAAGAGGCAUUGGCUUUCUUUGAGGAGAUGAGGAAAAUGAAGGUCCCGCCCAAUGAGAGUACCAUGUUAACUGUACUCUCAGCUUGUGCUCAGUCGGGGUCUGUUGAACUGGGAAAUUGGGUGCAUUCUUGGAUUGAGGACCAUUAUGAGCUAGGUUCAAAUCUCCGGCUUGUUAAUGCACUUAUUGAUAUGUCCUCAAAGUGCGGUGAUUUGGAAACUGCUCGAAGGUUAUUUGAUGGAAUACAUCAAAGGGAUGUGAUUUCUUGGAAUGUCAUGAUUGGUGGUUAUACUCAUAUGAGCUUCUACAAAGAAGCAUUGGCGCUCUUUCAGUUAAUGCUAGGAUCAGAUACUGAGCCUAAUGAUGUGACUCUAUUAGGCGUUCUUCCAGCUUGUGCUCACUUGGGUGUUCUUGACCUUGGCAAAUGGAUUCAUGCAUAUAUAGAUAAGAACUUUGAAAAUAUGACCAAUAGCUCUCUUUCGACGAGUCUAAUUGACAUGUAUGCUAAAUGUGGAAACAUAGAGGCAGCAGAACAAGUCUUUGAUGGUUUGAAUCCUAAAAGCUUGGCUUCCUGGAAUGCGAUGAUAUCUGGGUUAGCAAUGCAUGGACAUGCAGAUAAGGCUAUUAGGCUUUUCACACAAAUGGUCGAUGCAGGACUCAAACCAGACGAUAUCACAUUUGUUGGUUUGUUAUCUGCUUGUACUCAUGCCGGUAGACUAGAACUUGGACGCCAAUAUUUUAGUUCAAUGAUCCAUGAUUUUAAUAUUUCACCAAAACUGGAACAUUAUGGAUGCAUGAUAGAUCUUCUAGGCCGAGCUGGGAUGUUUGAUGAAGCAGAAGCGUUGAUGAAGAAUAUGGAAAUGGAGCCAGAUGGGGCCAUUUGGGGUUCUCUUCUUGGAGCUUGUAGACUUCACGGACGUGUUGAACUGGGUGAAUACGUCGCAGAGCAUCUCUUUGAAUUGGAGCCCGAAAACCCUGGGGCUUAUGUGCUUUUAUCAAAUAUAUAUGCAGGAGCUGGUAGAUGGGAUGAUGUGGCAAGAAUAAGAACCAGGCUGAAAGAUAAGGGAAUGAAGAAAGUUCCUGGAUGUACCUCCAUUGAGGUGGAUAGUGUUGUUCAUGAGUUUCUUGUUGGUGGUAAAUUACAUCCCCUCAGCAAAGACAUCUAUAAAAUGUUGGACGAAAUAGAUAAACUUUUGGAGAUGGCUGGGUUCGUGCCGGAUACAUCCGAGGUGCUUUAUGACAUGGAUGAAGAGUGGAAGGAAGGGGCCUUGAGUCAUCAUAGUGAGAAGUUAGCCAUUGCUUUUGGUCUAAUCAGUACAAAGCCGGGGGCCACAAUUAGAAUUGUGAAAAAUCUUCGCGUGUGUGGAAAUUGUCAUUCAGCUACGAAGCUGAUAUCCAAGAUCUUCAAUAGGGAAAUUAUUGCAAGAGAUAGGAACCGUUUUCACCAUUUUAAAAAUGGUUCUUGCUCAUGUAAAGAUUAUUGGUGAAAUGUUGUAACUUGAAAGAGAUGGCAUAUGUAUAUGAAGAUGAUUUGCAUUAAUAAAGCUGAUGGCCGGAAGCCCAUCUUUAUUUA